CGAACAGGGUUGCGUUUGCACAUAAAAACACAGCUCUUAUCAUUAUUUUUCAGCAUUUAGACAAAUACGUAAACCUGUUUGUGUAAAGGAAUCUACAUCAGUGUAGGUAAGCAAAUCCUAAGCUUAUCAUUUGGGGGCAGCCAAAGUUCAUUUAAGCGUAUUAGUGAACAAACGAUCGCACUGAUUCUUGUAAAUACUCGUAUCAGAUCAGUUGUAAUUGCAAUUGAAUUUCUUAUUUACUCGUUCAAAGUAUAAUAAUUACACCUAAUAACGCUCAAAGCUAUGCAGUUUAACUCAGGGAAUCGAAGUGAAUAGCACACGGAAGUAAUUCGUUAUUAUUCAAAAGCAAAGAAACUAAAGCCAUGAAAAAACAAAAAUGUUUGCUGUUAGAAAUCUGUAUUUUGCUUGGAGUGUUUACACUUGCCUCCACUGAAGUUGUAGAUAUUAAACCAUGUGGCGAUGUCGACGCUUGCACUGUACACGAGGCACGCAUCACUCCUUGCCCAGAGGCUCUGGAACAUAAGGCAUGCCGUGUGAGUCGUCGUCGCGGGGUCAGCGAAAUGUCCUUCGACUUUACGCCCAAUUUUGCUGCAGAGACAUUGGAAGCCGGCUUGGCUUGGCAGAAGAGCGCCACACAAGACUUGCCGUUGAUCACCAUGGAUAAGAAUGCUUGCAAGUAUACAUCCUGUCCGACUGUUGCAAACCAACGUCAGACGUACAGAAUAGACAUACCGAUCGAGAGUAAAUUCCCAAUGAGUUCAUACACAAUCAAAUGGACUUUAAAGGCGCCCACUGGGGAGUUUUGCUGUUUUACCCAUGACAUUAAAGUGGUGCGUUAAACUUAUAGAUGGUGAAAAAAUGAAGAAUGCUUUUCAAUUCGGUCUGGUCAAAAAUAAAUUAAUUUUUGAUAUAAAAAGUGAUUUUAAGUUGAGAAUAAAGUUUGUAUAACGAAGAUAAAUUUAA